GCACGAUGAGAGCGUUUGUUGUGAGCGGCUGUCGUGACGUCAUGUCAUAUCAACCCACAAGUUUUUGAGGCUGGAGCUCAUAGCAGCGAUGACACACAGCUGACAAGCCAAGCCCUGGAAUGCUGCGAUAAGUAACUCGUUCAACGAUCUCCACGCCUUAGUUUAAACUCACGUCAGUUACAAGCAGUUCAACCAAGCACAGCAGUCAGCCAUGGACACUACUAUAGCGGCUAAACCUGACAAUACUCAAGGAAAAAAGAAAACAAGGAGGCGAGGACCUCGUUUGACCGGAGUCAGUCGACAAAGACGAAUGGCUAACGCACGUGAGAGGAGCCGCGUGCAAACCCUUAAUGCACACAUUGAGAGGUUGAGGGAUCUAAUUCCACUUUUUCCUGGGGAGAAGAAACCCUCCAAAACGGAGACCAUCAGACUGGCAGCAGUAUACAUUUCCUGUCUGACUGAGAUUCUCGAGAACACACCUGAAGGUUUGGAAAGAAUUAACCCAGACGAGCUACUUCCAAGCCUUCCAGGAUUUGAAGAUGGUUGGAGUCUCUCUGCAAAUCUUCCACGAUUCUGCUUUGACUCGUUCUCUGAUAAUGAAGACAACUUACUGGACCUCGACCUUGGUGAAUACCUUUGGGAGGAAUACGAGUAGCACUCCCUUGUGUGGGAGAGCACAUAGGUUUCACAGCCAUUCAACAUGAUCCACAGGACACUUUUAUUUCAAAUCUUUCAUCCUUGUACGACAAACCACUUAUCGGUAAAAUUAUCACCUAUUUUAUCAAGUAUCUGGGACAAUCUUUGGAAUGUGUGAAUAAGGCACACAAUGACUCCAAGUGGUGAUUCCUUAUGUGGCCAGUUGGUGAAAAGAAGUUAUGUCACGGUAGUUGAGCAAUUUCCUACCACGCGUAACAUCACGCGGAUACCUCAACCCCAACUAUGAGAAAAAAAAUUGAUUGACACUUAAAUGAGAUAGUAAAGCACCAAUUAGAUUACUAUAAGCUAAAAUGAAAAAAGGAAUUUUAAGGAUGGAGAAGAUUAACUCGGAUUGCAUGCAAUGAGUUCGUAAAAUUGCUAGAUCCUUUUUCCACAAACCGUGACUUAGCUUGUUUUCGUCUUACAUUCGUUGAGCUUGGAGAUGAAAAAUUUAGGGUAUCUUGUAAUCCGAGCGACAAAAGAGUUACUGACUAAGUGUGCUCUUGAUUCAGUUCAAACUUCCACUUGUUAAAUUCGUUUCCAAUCGCACAAAAUAAAUUAUGAAGAAUAUAUUGUUAAGUUGAUGAGAGUCCAGGAAUAUAUUUAUCGCGGGACUUCCAAGGAACAUUCGUAAGAACGAUUUCUCAAUCAACACUUGUGCAAUUAUGGGUAUUGAUAAGCUAAUAUCAUUAUAUUUCAAUAAGAUAUUCUAUUAAAAUCGUGUGGCUUU